AUAAAUAAUAGAUUAAAAAAUAUUUAUAGUAAAUUUCUUCAAAUUUAGUUAUAUUUGCUAUAUCAAACUUUACUUUUCAAUCAAAAUCAAAUUCAGGGAAUAUUACAGAUUUGUAAAUAGAAACAAAAAUAGAAAGCUGAAGCAAAUAAAAAAUCAUUUUCUGCAGUGUUGUUUGGACUUAACCUCUAAUUGCUAUAAGAGACAAUGUCCGCAAGUAAAUAUAACCUCGCAACAACAAAAAUCGAGUAUAAAUAAUUAAUUUUGGGACUAAUUGUAAUUAAAAAAGGAUCAUUAAUUAUAAACAAGAUAGUAAAAUGAAAAAAUAUUAUCAAGCUACGUUAGUUGUAGUGGCCGUUGUAAGUUUAGUAUCACUAUUGUUCUAUAGACACGAAUAUAAUAGAUUAAGAUACGUUUUAGAAGUUUUUAAUUAUUUUGGUAAACCAAGUCAAAAAGCUAUUAGCACAAAUUGCAUAAACAAUAAUGCAUCGUUUGUAGAACAUAAUAUAAAAUUAGAUGAACCUUCUUCAUCUUGGCAAAGGUUGAACGAUGAUUUAUACGUGUAUUCUGCAUACAAUUUAGGAAAUAACAAAGUUCAUGCAAUAAGUUUUAGUAAAAGAAGUGCUGUAUCUAAUUUACAAUGUAAUAUAUAUUUUGAACACGAAACAAAACCAUCCGUAGGUAUUUAUAAAUACAUUGUAAUCAAUAGCACUCCGUAUUUUGAAAAUGGAGAAGAAAAAGCGGAAUAUAAUGGUUAUUAUUUAAUAUGUGCAUAUAAGGAAAACAAAUUACCCGUUGGAGUAUCGUUCUUAACAGAAUUUGAUAAAGAUAAUACCAAUGUUCCUAUCUUUUCCGUUGCGACGCAACCACAAUAUUUAAAUGACAAUAGUAUAGCAGUCUGCAUAAUACCACCAUUGUUAAAACCUAUGCAUGAAAUUGAUAUGAUCACUUUUAUAAGUUUUCACGAAUUAAUAGGCAUUAAUAAUUUCAUAGCGUACGAUUUUGGUAUUGUUAAUACGUUGAAUAAUCGUUUGAAGGAAUUAUCUACAAUAUAUGUUCCCCAUUUAAACUUUACAUAUACAACAGUACCAUGGAAUUUUCCUUUUAGUAGACUUGAUACUAAUAUUAUGAAAGAUAUUAUAGAAGCUGAUUGUUUGCAUCGUACGUAUAAUAAAAUGAUGUAUAUUUCUAUUUUAUCCUGGCAAGAAUAUAUAGCGUUAAGUUAUCAUCGUUCACUUGUAGAUUUAUUAGCUGAUUACAGUGCAUCCAAAUUGCUAGCAGAUCGUUACAAAUUAAAUAUUUUUACCCUUUGUACAAAAGAAUUAGAUAAUAAUCCAUCCGCAAACUUUACAUUAAUCAUGUAUAGAAAAGUACAAUUUGAUACAGAUGUUACAGAUCAUUAUCCUAUUUUCAUAUCAAAGCCGCGCGAGGUAUUAUCCAAAAAUAAUGUUUAUACACAAAAAAUGGCUAAAGACUUGAUUCUUGUACAUAAUUACAAAAUUUGUAGUAGCGACGAUAAAAAAAUUCAAGAAGACAUUUUUAAUACUUCCAUCCCAAAAUUUUCUAAGGAUAUAAGAAAUUCGCCAAUUUUUACAAGACUUAUUAGCCAUUAGAUGAAUAACUGAGUAAAACUUAAAUAAUGUUUUUUUAUUUGCAUAUGUUUUUGUUACUUUAUCAAUUUUAUUUUUAUUUUUUGUUUUUUUAUUAAACUCGUAUGAACUCUUUUGUCAAUAAAAAUGCACAUUUAAUUAUUAAAUAAUCUUUCUAGUUACAAAUGUUCUUAAUAGUAUUGUUAGGUACCUUGGCAUUGCUUGACGAAUUAUGAACAUUUGGUAUAAAAAGUAUGUAUUCAUUAAAACAAUUACAAUUUAUAAUCGAACAAAUAUUUUAUAACAUAAAUUUUUUUACGAGAUGUAGAUCCAAUCGAAGUGUAAAGCGUGGUAUAAAUAUGUACCAUAAUUGUAUAAAGUUUGACGUUUAUAAAUAUAUGUUUAUAAGAUGAUAAA